GGAGGUGUGGGGGAGGCCGGGCCCCGAGCUGACAGCGCCCGCGGGGCGGCCAUUGUGCGCCCUGCCCCGCUCCGCUCCGAUGGGCGAGGGGGCAGCCUCGCCUCGCCUCGCCUCGCCUCGCCCCGCCGCUGCCCGGCGCUUUGUGCAGGGCCGUGCAGCAGCAGCAGCAGCAGCAGCAGAUCUGGAGUCGAUCCCAGCCUGAGCUCCCAGGAUCCUGUCACCAUGGAGACUGAAAGUGAGCAGAACUCCGGCUCCAGCAGCGGCAGCUCCAGUUCUGGAGGAAGCACCCGUCCUCAGAUAUCACAGAUGUCUCUGUAUGAGCGACAGGCUGUGCAGGCUCUUCAAGCACUCCAGAGACAGCCCAAUGCCGCUCAGUACUUUCAUCAGUUUAUGCUCCAGCAGCAGCUUAACAGUGCCCAGCUUCACAGCUUGGCUGCUGUCCAGCAGGCUACAAUUGCAGCCAGCAGACAAGCCAGCUCCCCCAACACCAGCACCCCACAACAGACUACCACCACCCAGGCCUCCAUCAAUCUAGCCACCACAUCAGCAGCUCAGCUGAUUAGUCGCUCACAGAGUGUGAGUUCCCCCAGUGCCACAACUCUGACGCAGUCUGUGCUCCUUGGGAAUACCACCUCACCACCUCUCAAUCAGUCACAGGCCCAGAUGUACCUCCGGCCACAGCUGGGGAACCUGUUGCAGGUAAACCGGACCUUGGGCCGCAAUGUGCCUCUUGCCUCCCAACUCAUCCUGAUGCCUAAUGGGGCCGUGGCUGCUGUCCAGCAGGAGGUACCACCCACCCAGUCUCCUGGGGUCCAUGCAGACACAGACCAGGUGCAGAACUUGGCUGUGAGGAGCCAGCAGACCUCAUCCACUAAUGCCCAGCUCCAAAGCUCUGCUCAGAAGGCAGCUCUACCAGGAAACUCCCAGGCUUCGUGCCUGCCACAGGCCACAAGUACAGGCCAGACCUUGGCAGCAGCUCAGGUGUCUUCUAGCAGCACAGGCCAGUCCCUCAACUUGAGUCAGGGGGCAGCAGGCAGCAAUGGUGUCUCUGGGGGUGUGGUGGCAAGCAGUGGGAGCCAGACCUCAACAGGACUGAGCCAGACAGCCUCGGCAGGUGCCGCUGGCAGUUGCCAAAGGAAAGGCACAGGGGUAGUGCAACCACUACCAGUAGCAGCUGCCCAGGCAGUGACUAUCAGCCAGGGAAGCCAAACGGACACAGAGAAUGCAGCCACAAAGAAGGGCGAAACGGACAGUGGCGGACAGCAGACAGUGGGCAUGAACCUGACGCGGACAGCUACACCAGCACCCAGCCAAACGCUGAUAAGCUCAGCCACGUAUACACAGAUUCAGCCACACUCAUUGAUCCAGCAGCAGCAGCAAAUUCACCUGCAGAAGCAGGUGGUGAUUCAGCAGCAGAUUGCCAUUCAUCACCAGCAGCAGUUCCAGCACCGCCAGUCCCAGCUCCUCCACACAGCCACCCAUCUCCAGCUGUCCCAGCAGCAGCAACAGCAGCAGUCACCAUCUCUGACCCAACAGCAGCAACAAGCUCAACCUCCACAGCAGCAGGCGCCACCUCAAAACCAGCAGCAGGCUCAGACCCUUGUGGUGCAACCGAUGUUGCAGUCCCAGGCACAGCCUGUUCAGCUCCAGCAGGACAGUUCUUGCCAGCCAGCCACCAAAUCACCUGUUCCAAUCCAGUCAAAAUCUAUGGUCGCUCCCAUCAAACCGCCUCAGCUUGGGCCUGCCAAAAUGUCAGCAGCGCAGCAGCCUCCGCCACACAUUCCUGUGCAGGUGGUGGGUACUCGGCAGCAGGGCUCAGGCCAAGCCCAAGCACUGGGUUUAGCUCAGAUUACUGCAGCAGUGACGACUUCCCGGGGAAUGCCAGCUGUGGUCCAGCCCGUUUCCCAAGGCCAUGCUGCUUCCCCAUCCUCUUCAGCUCCACCAUCCUCACAGGAAGCUCCCCCUCUCACCACAGGGGUGAAUUUGGCACAAGUUCAAGGCACAACCCACAUGGUGAAGAGCCCAGCCUCCUCUCCAGUUGUGGCUCAGAUGCCAGCAGCAUUCUACAUGCAGUCUGUCCAGCUGCCAGGCAAGUCUCAGACCUUAGCAGUAAAACGCAAGGCAGAGUCAGAGGAGGAGAAGGAGGAAUCAGCCAGUGUCACUGCACUGCUGCCUGCCAGGUCUUCUCCUGUGACAGACAGCCCCAAAAACAUGGAGGAGAAGAAUGGCUUUGGAGAUAAAUCCGAUCCUGCUGCCGCUGCGACCCCAAAUACCACCUCCAGUGAAGGAGCAUCAGUCACCCCCACCUCUGCACCCACCCCAAACCUAGCAAUGGUGUCACGUCAGAUGGGAGACUCCAAACCCCCACAAGCCAUUGUUAAGCCCCAGAUCCUCACGCACAUCAUUGAGGGCUUUGUCAUCCAGGAAGGAGCAGAACCCUUUCCGGUGGGUUCUCAGCUGCUGAAAGAAUCUGAGAAACCACUGCAGGGAGGGGCUCCUUCUGGCCAGAGUGAAAACCUGUCUAGCAAUUCUCCAGGAGGGGACAGUGCUUCUAUGGAGCUUGAUAAGAAGGCAAACUUGCUGAAGUGUGAAUACUGUGGGAAGUAUGCCCCAGCCACCCAGUUCCGUGGCUCCAAGAGGUUUUGUUCCAUGACCUGUGCUAAAAGGUACAAUGUCAGCUGCAGCCAUCAGUUUCGGUUGCAGAGAAAGAAGAUGAAAGAAUUCCAGGAAGCCAACUAUGCUCGUGUGCGCCGACGGGGAUCGCGGCGCAGCAGCUCUGAAAUUGCUCGAACAAAGAUCCAGGGCAAGCGUCACAGGGGUCAAGAGGACUCAAGUCGAGGUUCUGAUAACUCCAGCUAUGAUGAGGCUCUGUCCCCUACGUCUCCAGGACCCCUGUCAGUACGGGCCAGCCACGGAGAGAGGGACCUGGCAAACUCUAGCAUGGCCCCACCUACCCCGGAUCUACAUGGCAUCAACCCAGUCUUCCUGUCCAGCAAUCCCAGUCGCUGGAGUGUGGAGGAGGUGUACGAGUUCAUUGCAUCAUUGCAAGGGUGCCAGGAGAUUGCAGAGGAGUUUCGAUCACAGGAAAUAGAUGGCCAGGCCCUGUUGCUUUUGAAGGAGGAACACCUCAUGAGUGCCAUGAACAUCAAGCUGGGACCAGCUCUCAAGAUUUGUGCCAAGAUCAACGUCCUCAAGGAGACCUAACAGCUCGUGGCAGUAGAUUCACUUCAGCUCUGACACCCAGAGCAGCUGCCAGCUUUGCAGGAUCCUGCUGGGGCAGGGAAGAAUGGGAUGAUCCCUUGUGGUCUUGUAUUCAAGAAGAAUGAGAAGGAAUUUGACUGAAACUGCCGUGUACAAGCCCAUGUUUUGGUCUUUUAAUGGUGCUACAAGGGGGAUGAAAACUCCUACCUGGGGCCUUUAAAACUUGCCUUCUUCCUGGUUUUGAAUAUGCCUCUCCCGUUUACCACAUCAAGAAGGGAAAGGAGACUUCUUUCUGUUUUAGCAGACUUCUGAAAGGGGCCCUUGUCCCUUCUUGCUACAGCAGGUUUGUUGGAUCUUAUUUGAGUCUUGUGUCAGAACUUGAAGCAUAGGAAGACCCUGUCCUGUAUGGAUAUUGGGGGCAGCUGUGCUUGAGGCAUUUAGGAAGCAAAUUAGUAAAUUUCAAGUGACAGAUGUGGACAAAAAAGAACUAGAGCAAGAGGCUGCUUCUGUUACAAUUCUAAAUAACUAACCUAGGCUGUUUAUGAACUGGGUUUAAUAGCCAUUCCAGCAUGCAUACCAAACUUGAAGGCACAUGGCAAUAGGAGCUGCCUUAGCUUUACUGUCUCCUGUAGAGAUUCAGAUCAAAGACUGAGUGUUUCGGCAGCUAUUCACUCCAGAUGCUCCUCAUUGAAACAGUCAGAGGAGCAUUUAUCCUGAGUACUUACGACAAGGUGAUGGGGAAAUCAGAGUGGGGGGUUGUCUUACAUUAGGAAAUCCUAUACCACUUGGUCUGUCUCCCCAGUAUGUGAGUGCAAGGGUAUAAUUUACAGAUCCAAAGCAGUCUCAAGAAGCACCAAGGCUCUUCAUAAAUCAGCUGUUUUGUUGGUUUUUCUUUUUGCUUCUUUGAUUUGUUUUAUGGGGUGGGGGUGGGGAUUGUUCUCUUACCUGUUUGUAUUAUUUUUGUGUCUGUCUUUAUUAUCCUCAGGAGAGCUUAUGGGACAAAGUUUAAGCUGGCAGGAUUGUAUUACCUGCCUCUGACUUUUUUUGGUGACGAUGUAAGACAAAUACUUCUCUUCCUCAGUAUAAAAAACAAAAAACACUCCAACUGAAUUAUGAUCCUUUAGUACUUCUUUCUAAGGGGUACAACUAUGUUCUAGGCUAAGCCCCUGCUACUCAGCUCCCACAGUUUUUAAGGACCAAAUCCAGAAGUUUUGUGACACUUCAGCAAAAGCAAAACUGUGGGCAGUUGUUUUCUUCCAGCACAUCUGCUUUAAAAAAGGAAAAAAAAAACACUCUACAAAGCAUGAAGAUGUAAGUGUCCCCUACAGCCACAUACCUGAAAGCAAGAUUUAAAAAAAAAAAAAAAAGCUUUUCUAUUUUCAGAAGUUUCAUAUGCGUACUUGAGUGAAAUGCAAGAAUGUUCUGUCUGAAAAACACCUACUAUUGUAGGAGAGCUGUAAUUGCAUGGGGGAAGGCCUAAGGGCCUAAGUAAGAAAACCUGAGAGAUCUUUGGAAUGGGCUCUUUAUUGACUCAUCAGAAAAAGAGGGGGAAGUGCUCAGAAGAUGCUACAAUGUGGAGGCAACUUCUGAUCUUUAAUUAACACAGGCCCAAAGGAAGCUGCCUGAUAACGCUUUUCAGCCUAAAUAGAGGGGGGGGGAUGGUGUGCACGCACAGAUGGGGGGAGUUUAGAACUUCUAACAGUAAAGGAAAGCUGCCACAAACCAUUUUAUUUAGCAGGCUGACUGUGACAAAACUCAUGUUUAGUUUAACCCUCAGCAGGGUAGGCAGCCAUGUAUAUUACUAGCUGCCUUUGAGGACUGGAUUUAUUUCAGUGAAAUGGAAACAUUUCACAUUAUUUCAUGUUCAGUGUUCUUAAUAAAAAAAAAUGCUUGUUCAGGCUUUA